GUGUCCUUUUUUUCCCCUCUUCUUCCGCGUCUCCUUUCUAUAUCCUUUCGAGAGUGUGUGCUUACUAUAAAAACACCCUAGUUUACAUAUCGUACCCCAACAUUAACUUUAAUCAAAAUGACAGCCUCUUCCAGAAAUUCGUUUCCCUCAGUGUCACCAACGGGACCGUCGAAAUCCCAUGGUUUUAUUAGGAUUCGAGGAAAACGUGCGGAACAUGUCAAACAGAAAACAGUAACUGAAAAUGGCGACAAGGGUAAAUCGGCUCAAAAAUCGCAACAAGCAAACGCACCUGACAAAGAAAACGACCAAGACGACACUCACAAUGACCCACCGACACCUCGAAAACCCCUAACGCGCAAUAGCAACAACAGCAGAAGCAGAAGAAGACGCUUGGAACCAGAAGAUAUUGAUACCAUUGAUGAGGCAUCAUCAUUGAAGCCUAGCAAAGGCAGCUCCUCCGAAAACCCGUGCGUCUUUGACUCUUCUCCGUCUAAACGUAAUAGUAACAACAGCGCUGCUGUGGCGCGUAAGCGUCGCAGAACAUCGUCAAGAUCCGCAGCUCAAGAAAAAGUAGCAAUUGCCACUCAGAAACAUGCAAACGCGGAGGAAGAAGAAAAGGAUGAAGAGGAUGUUGGUGAACAAUUCGAGGUGGAGGCGAUUAUGGGACAUAAGGCAUACCGGAGCAUGGUAGUCAAAUACGAAAUCAAAUGGCUUGGAUAUUCUGAAAAGAACAACACCUGGGAGCCUGCCACCAGCGUCCAUGAGGACUGCCCCGAGUUAUGCGCUUCGUAUUGGUCAAAGCAUGAGGAACGGCCGAAGAACAUCCCGACUGCUACAUCGAUAGCCAAAGAGCAGGAACAGAAGAAAUCGGAACCAUCCAAACCGGAAGACAAGUAUCUCAAGCGGCUCGAAGAAAACAACAUCACCAACGACGAUCUCCACGAAUCCCUACGGAACCAAGGAUUCAAGAUCGCAUACGGCACUGGAUUCCCUGAAGCAACCACUGACUGGGCCCUCGAAAUGCGGCAGAUCCAUCUAGUGCAGCGCGUGGUGGGCACGGAUCAAAUUUUAGCUUAUGUGAGCUGGGUGAACAGAAAGAAGACUGUGCACGCUGUACAAGAGCUUCACGAUCACUGUCCCGGUGAGCUCAUCAGUUACUAUGAAGCCCGCGUACGCUUUGUAGAUUAGCUUGUGUGUAUACGUGUAUGAUGUCUUGCAAAAAGCACAAAGCAGGAAGCAAAAAGAAAAGGCAACUGCGGCGUCGACUCUGCAUACUCCUCACACGAUCUGCCUGCCCAUCCUCUUUCUCCUCUUCCUCCCUUCCUCCUUUUUCCGUUCCUCUCUUUCU